UCCAUUCUUUGCGCCCGUUGCCCCUUCCCAUUCUCACCCCCUCCUCCAGGUAUCCCUGUCGACUGACCCGCGGGCUGGGUCACAUGGCGCCCGACCAGGGAUCUGGAUACAAGGGAAAAUGGUGAAGAAGCUACUGGAGGCAGCCGGCCGGCUCAGAGAAACAUCGGGACCUGGCCACGCAGUAGCCUGCUGUGCUGGAAUGAGGAUCUUGGUAACUAUGAGCACCUGGAUGUGGCUACUGCUGGGAAUCUCUCUCCUGAUACGAAAAAAUGAAGGUGGUUUCGGUAAUCCCCAUGAGGCUCGGGCACUCUUACAAAAAUUAACUGGUACUCCUUGAGAGUGCUGUGGUGGCACCUGGAACAGUGAGACAACCCCUCUCCUAAAUGUAGAUUUUGGUGAUAAAACAGCAUGCUUAGUAAUGAGACAAGGUGUUCGUGGAGCACAGGCAUGGGUCUGUAGCAAAAAGGCUAAAAUUAUCCCCACCUUUAAUAACAAGCCUGGACCAUGCCCUUGUAUAGAAUUCCAUCCAUCUGUACAUAAUACCUGUUAUGAGCAGGUCCAAGUAUGCACUGGUACAGAUAAUAAUACCUAUUUUACAGCAAUCUUGACCAGACAUUUUUCGGGGACAUUUGGAGGCGAGUGGGACACAGUCCCUCAGGUCUGGGGGACCUCAAAUAAAUAUGCCAAAUCUGGCUGUCCCGAUACAGUAGGAGAAACAGUUUGCUGGAAUAAGACUCCACCUGUGCACGUCUCUGAUGGAGGUGGACCCCAAGAUCAGGUGAGACAGAAUAUAGUCCAAAAGCAACUGGAAAACAUUGUAAACCACAUGUCUCCUAAAUUUAAUUACCAUCCAAUAGCUUUACCCAAAAAUAGGGAUGCGAAUCUAGACCGCCAAACCCUGAAAAUGCUAGACAUCACACAUAGGUUACUUAAUCAAUCCAACCCUUCUUUGGCUCAAAAUUGCUGGUUAUGCCUUCAUUUAGGACUAUCUAUGCCUAUUGCUAUCAAUAUUAAUUCCAUUGAAUUAUCAUCUAAUAACUGCAUGCCCAUCAUGCCUUUACCAGUACAACCUAUCUUUUCUGAAGCACCCUGUAUUGUCUCCCCUUAUAGAGACGACAGUUAUGCUAUUGAUAUUGGCAUACUCUCUUUGACCAAUUGCACUGACAUCAUCAAUAUUACUUAUUCCCCGUGUGCUCCCAAUGAUAUGGUAUUUGUUUGUGGCAAUAACUUGGCAUAUACCAUUCUGCCCACUAAUUGGACAGGAUUAUAUACUAUCCCUUUUUUGCGACCCAAUAUAGAUAUAGUCAAUGGAAAUGAAUCUUUACCUAUACCAUCCUUUGAUUAUAUAUCUGGCCGUUCUAGAAGGGCUAUCCAAUUUCUCCCUCUCUUGACCACUCUGGGAAUCACUGCUGGCAUGGCCACUGGUACCGCCAGUAUGGGCAUUGCUGUACAUAAAUAUACUGAACUAUCUCAACUUAUGGCAGAAGAUAUACAAGCCCUAUCAAGCACAGUUAAAGAUCUUCAAGAUCAAUUAGAUUCCUUAGCUGAAGUAGUACUACAGAAUAGAAGAGGUUUAGAUCUUCUAACAGCUAACCAAGGAGGCAUCUGCUUAGCAUUACAGGAAAAAUGCUGCUUUUAUGCAAAUAAAUCAGGAAUUGUUCGAGACAAAAUAAAAAAAAUAUACAAGAUAAUCUAGAGGAAAGAAAAAGAAAAAUUAUGGACAACCCGUUUUGGAGCGGGCUAAACGGCUUUCUGCCUUAUCUCCUUCCAUUUUUAGGGCCCCUCCUUGACUUACUAAUGUUACUGUCGCUAGGACCUUUUCUUUUUAACAAAGUCAUGGCCUUUAUAAAACAACAAAUUGAUGCUAUUAAAAUGCAGCUCCUCCAGGUUCAUUAUCACAGACUUGCUAUGGAAGAUGAACACAUAACCAUAACUACUUCGGGGACUAGCUAGUCAAGGACGGGUAAU